AUGGUCCUGCUUGCAGCUAUCGAUCAAGGAACCUCCAGUAGUCGUUUCCUCGUUUUUGAGGCCGACACCGGGGAACUAGUGACGAGCCAUCAGAUCGAGGUACGGCAGCUGUUUCCAAGUCCGGGAUGGGUAGAAAUGGACCCAAUGGAGAUUGUGGAUACCGUAAAAGAAUGUAUCGUAAAAGGUGUUGAAAAAUUACAAGAACUCGGCAUAUCAGCCGAUGAAAUCAAAUCCGUUGGGAUUGCUAAUCAAAGAGAAACUACCGUAGUAUGGGAUAGUGAAACAGGAGAACCGCUACAUAAUGCUAUCGUUUGGUUGGAUACCCGUACAUCACAACUUGCUGAGGAAACUAUUGCCAAGACUCCGAGCCGUUCAAAAGAUGAAUUUAAAGUGAAGACCGGCCUACCAAUUCAUCCAUACUUCAGUGCGUUGAAAUUGAAAUGGCUUCUGGAAAAUGUGGAUGAAGUGAAAAAAGCUAGCAGUGAGGGAAAACUACUAUUUGGAACCGUUGACACUUGGUUGAUUUGGAAACUUACCGGCGAACAUGCCACGGAUGUUUCCAAUGCGUCCAGGACACUUCUGCUCGACAUUAAUAAACGAAAAUGGUCAUGUCAACUAUGCGAAUUCUUCGAAAUUCCACCCGAAAUCCUACCACAAAUCAGAUCUAGUGCUGAAAUUUUUGGAUUUUUCCUUGAAGGACCGCUCAAAGGUAUUCCAAUUGCUGGAUGCUUAGGUGAUCAACAAGCUGCAAUGGUUGGUCAUAAUUGUUUACGACGUGGUGACACUAAGAACACUUAUGGGACAGGGACUUUUAUGUUGUGUAAUAUUGGACCAAACAUUACCAUAAGCAAGAAUGGACUUCUAACUACCGUAGGAUUCCAGUUUGGACCAGAUUCACCUGUUGUCUUCGCUCUGGAAGGCUCAGGAUCAAUCGGCGGAAAUGUCGUCCGUUUCCUUCGUGAUAAUUUUAAUUUCAUCAAGGACGCGAGAGAAAUGGAAGCGAUCUGUCGUACCGUGGAUACUACCGAAGAUGUGUUCUUUGUCCCAUGUUUCACCGGACUUUACACACCGUAUUGGGACCCAACAGCUCGGGGAACAAUUCUCGGCAUGACUCAAGUGACCACCAAGGCACACAUUUGCCUUGCCGCUCUUCGAGCUGUCGCCUAUCAAAGCGCUGAGAUGAUUGAAGCAGUGGAACAAGACCUAGCGGACACAAAAAUUCAGACGAUUAGGACCGAUGGUGGAAUGACAGCCAACGUGCUCUUCAAUCAGAUUCAAGCCGAAAUUAUUGGGAAAGUGAUUAAGACACCGAAGACCACAGAAAUUUCCGGCUGGGGAGCAGCUGUUGCUGGUGGAAUCGGUGCGCAUCAUUUCAGUUUGGAUGAGUUCACCUCACGUGAUCCUCCAGGAAACAUAUACAUGCCACCUACGAACGAGGAAGGAAGAUUAGCGGAUGUGAGGAGGUGGAAGGAAGCGGUAAGCAGAGCACGAGGCUGGGCACAACCUACCAAGUGA